AACGGGAUGUGGGGUGCCACCAGACCAACACCCCCAGACUUCCCCAUCUUCAGCCACCAUCAGAGCCUCUCCCCAGGUGCCCCCCGGGGGAUUCAGGGCUGAAUCUGCCCAGUUCCCACACUCAGGCCAGCCCUCUUGGGAAGGUGGGUCCUCCAUGGGGGUCCCUUCAGGUACUUUUUUUUUUUUUUAAAUGCAGAGUCUCACUCUGUCACCCAGGUUGGAGUGCAGUGAUGUGAUCUCGGCUCACUGCAACCUCUGCCUCCCGGGUUCAAACGAUUCUCCCGCCCCAGCCAGUCUAGUAGCUGGAACUGCAGGUGUGCACCACCACGCCGGGCUAAUUUUUGUAUUUUAAGUAGAGAGGGCAUUUCACCAUAUUGGUCAGGCUGGUCUCGAACUCCUGACCUCAAGUGUUCCUCCCGCCUCUGUCUCCCAAAGUGCUAGAAUUACAGGCCUGAGCUACUGCGCUUGGCCCCUUGCGGUACUUUUGACCUAACCUCCUCCAUGGCUGGGGGCGCGGAGGCCGAGAGAGAAGUCACUUGCCCUGGCUCUACCUUGAAGUGGUGGUUCUCAGGGUUGGGGCGAGACUCGGGGUGGGGACCGAGAUGCAGCUCUAUCCUGUGCCUCUGGUCGCAGCAGGCAGCCCAGCGCUUCGCGUGUUCCCCUUGGCCUGUCCGCUGCCGCCUAAUGAGCUCAGGUCUAGGCCGAGCAGAGGGGGCACCCGGUCGGACUCAGUUGGGCUCGGGCGGCCCCGCCUCCCCCCGCCCGCCAGGCGGGCCCUUCUCGACGGCGCGGGGCGGGUCCUGCGGGCGCGGGGCUGAAGGCGGAACCACGACGGGCAGAGCGCACGGAGCCGGGAAGCCCCUGGGCGCCCGUCGGAGGGCCCAGCGCGGCGCGGAGGGCUAUGGAGCAGCGGCCGCGGGGCUGCGCGGCGGCGGCGGCGGUGGCUGCGGCGCUCCUCCUGGUGCUGCUGGGGGCCCGGGCCCAGGGCGGCACUCGUAGCCCCAGGUGUGACUGUGCCGGUGACUUCCACAAGAAGAUUGGUCUGUUUUGUUGCAGAGGCUGCCCAGCGGGGCACUACCUGAAGGCCCCUUGCACGGAGCCCUGUGGCAACUCCACCUGCCUUCUGUGUCCCCAAGACACCUUCUUGGCCUGGGAGAACCACCAUAAUUCUGAAUGUGCCCGCUGCCAGGCCUGUGAUGAGCAGGCCUCCCAGGUGGCGCUGGAGAACUGUUCGGCAGUGGCCGACACCCACUGUGGCUGUAAGCCAGGCUGGUUUGUGGAGUGCCAGGUCAGCCAAUGUGUCAGCAGUUCACCCUUCUACUGCCAACCAUGCCUAGACUGCGGGGCCCUGCACCGCCACGCACGGCUACUCUGUUCCCGCAGAGAUACUGACUGUGGGACCUGCCUGCCUGGCUUCUAUGAACACGGCAAUGGCUGCGUGUCCUGCCCCACGAGCACCCUGGGGAGCUGUCCAGAGCGCUGUGCCGCUGUCUGUGGCUGGAGGCAGAUGUUCUGGGUCCAGGUGCUCCUGGCUGGCCUUGUGGUCCCCCUCCUGCUUGGGGCCAUGCUGACCUACACAUACCGCCACUGCUGGCCUCACAAGCCCCUGGUUACUGCAGAUGAAGCUGGGAUGGAGGCUCUGACCCCACCACCGGCCACCCAUCUGUCACCCUUGGACGGCGCCCACACCCUUCUAGCACCUCCUGACAGCAGUGAGAAGAUCUGCACCGUCCAGUUGGUGGGCAACAGCUGGACCCCUGGCUACCCCGAGACCCAGGAGGCGCUCUGCCCGCAGGCGACAUGGUCCUGGGACCAGUUGCCCAACAGAGCUCUUGGCCCCGCUCCUGCGCCCACAUUCUCGCCAGAGUCCCCAGCCGGCUCGCCCGCCAUGAUGCUGCAGCCGGGCCCGCAGCUCUACGACGUGAUGGACGCGGUCCCAGCGCGGCGCUGGAAGGAGUUCGUGCGCACGCUGGGGCUGCGCGAGGCAGAGAUCGAAGCCGUGGAGGUGGAGAUCGGCCGCUUCCGAGACCAGCAGUACGAGAUGCUCAAGCGCUGGCGCCAGCAGCAGCCCGCGGGCCUGGGCGCCGUUUACGCGGCCCUGGAGCGCAUGGGGCUGGACGGCUGCGCGGAGGACUUGCGCAGCCGCCUGCAGCGCGGCCCGUGACACGGCGCCCACUUGCCACCUAGGCGCUCUGGUGGCCCUUGCAGAAGCCCUAAGUACCGUUACUUAUGCGUGUAGACAUUUUAUGUCACUUAUUAAGCCGCUGGCACGGCCCUGCGUAGCAGCACCAGCCGGCCCCACCCCUGCUCGCCCCUAUCGCUCCAGCCAAGGCGAAGCAGCACGAACGAAUGUCGAGAGGGGGUCAAGACAUUUCUCAGUUUCUCGGCCGGAGUUUGGCUGAGAUCGCGGUAUUAAAUCUGUGAAAGAAACAAAACAAACAAAACAAAAACAGCUUCUUGGCGUUUCUGCGGGCCUGCGGUGUUAAGUGGCCUGGACUUUUCUCGAGGGAGUCGAAGGGGACGGGAAUCUUGUCACCCCGGGGUCUGGCACCCAUGGUGGAGUCCAGUGUGGCCUUAGCUCCCAAGCCUGCCCCUCCCGAGUACACUCUGGCCCAAUUACCCGAGAAGGAGAGAGCAAGUCGCGGCCACAGCGAGUGAGUGAACCGGAGCCCAGAUGAGAGCGCUUUAAUGGGGCUGCGAGGUGGCGGGGACAGGGUCGGGAUGGGGUGCAGCAGUUGGAGACACAGAGUCAAGGCCCCUCAUCCUCCAUUCACUCCACCAGGGCAGUGAAAGGGUCCCGGCGGCGAGUGGGUCUGGCUGGGGACGGGGCGCAGACUUGAGGGAGGUGGGGCCAGAGGUGGGGUCCCGGG